AUGAGUGUACAACGGAGGUUGUUUUCGACAUUUCAAUGUCUGCGACAUGAUAAUCCGCUGGGCCUCCCGCGCUCCGGCACCCCGCCGCCAUUUCCCCGUCGCGGCCGCGGCCUGCCAGAGAAGCGCAAGAUUCGCGAUGUGAAGAAGGUCAUUGCUGUCUCCUCCGCGAAAGGAGGAGUAGGGAAAUCGACCAUCGCUGUGAAUCUCGCCCUCUCCUUCGCCCGCCGCGGCAUCCGCACCGGAAUCCUCGACACAGAUAUCUUUGGCCCAUCUAUACCUACGCUCCUCAAUCUCUCUGGCGAACCCCGGUUAGACGAUAAAAACUGCCUCAUCCCCCUAACAAACUACGGCCUAAAGUCCAUGUCAAUGGGCUACCUCCUCCCACCACCCCCCGAACAACCCAACCAAACCGACAUCCAGCGCCAACCAAUGGACACAACCCCUAUCUCCUGGCGUGGUCUUAUGGUCACAAAGGCCAUGCAUCAACUACUGCACUCUGUAUCCUGGGGUCCGCUGGACGUGCUAUUCCUCGAUCUACCACCAGGAACCGGAGAUGUACAGCUCACAAUAAACCAGGAGAUCAUCCUCGAUGGUGCAGUUAUCGUAACGACGCCGCAGGAUAUCGCUCUGCGGGACGCGGUGCGCGGGUUUGGGAUGUUCCAGCGCAUGGAUGUCCCUGUAUUAGGAAUGGUGCGGAACAUGGCCUUCUUCGCGUGUCCGGAGUGUGGGACCAAGACGAAGAUUUUCUCGGCUGGUCUGCAUGACAAGCAUGGCCAUGAUCAUGGCCAUGGUGGCGAGGCGGAUUGGGGCGUGUUGGCGGAGUGCAAACGGCUUGGGGUGGAUUUUUUGGGUGAUAUCCCGCUUGAUGCGAGGGUUUGUGAGGAUGCCGAUCGUGGUGUGCCGACUGUUGUUGCGGAAGAAGGGGACAGGAGCGUAAGGAGGGAGGCUUUUACGGAUGUGGCGGAGAAGGUCGCUAAGAAGGUUGGCAUUGAGUGGUAG